GAAAUAUACCGUCUCAUAAACCCGCUUAAAACACGAAACCUCCUAAGUCCAAAACUUAUCCUAGUUGGCCCCACGCGGGUGAAAGUGGGCCGGGUUGUAGAUCGAGAGGUUAUGUGUUCGACCCUGUGAGCGGAUACCAUUAUUACGAUCUCAUCAAUCAAUCAAGUUCCAAGUGUAACUAACAGUGAUGAAAAAGAUGGAUUUGGUGUCUGGUUACAAGGGAAUGGUUGGCCUUGUAUUUGGAAACGAGAAUAAUUCAACUUCAAAUGAAGAUAGUUAUGUUGAACGCCUGCUUGAUUGUAUAAGUAACGGUAAGCUGCCUGAAGAUAGAAGAAAUGCUAUGGCUGAGCUCCAGUCCGUUGUUGCAGAAAGUCAUGCUGCUCAGCUGGCUUUUGGAGAAAUGGGUUUUCCUGUACUAUUGGGCGUUCUAAGGGAACGUGACGACGAUGUUGAAAUGGUUCGAGGGGCUCUAGAGACUCUUGUGAGUGCGUUAACACCAAUUGCUCAUCCAAAAUUGCAUGCAAAUGAGGUUCAACCAGCUCUGAUGAACGCUGAUCUUCUAUCAAGAGAAGGGCAAAGCAUUUCUCUUCUUUUAGGUCUGCUGUUGAAUAUUCUUACAGGAAGAGGACGACUUCUACAUAAGAUAUUACACGCUUCAACUUUUAACUGCCCUUUUAACGAACUCUCCAAAUAGGUUACAGGAAGCCAUUCUUGCCAUCCCGCGUGGCAUAACGCGGCUUAUGGAUAUGCUGAUGGAUCGGGAGGUUAUAAGGAAUGAAGCCUUGUUACUUCUAACCUACUUGACCCGUGAAGCAGAGGAAAUCCAAAAAAUCUUGGUUUUCGAGGGUGCGUUUGAGAAGAUUUUCAGUAUCAUUAAAGAGGAAGGAGGUUCAGAAGGUGGCGUUGUUGUGCAGGACUGUCUUGAAUUGUUAAAUAAUCUCCUCCGUAAUAAUUCAUCCAACCAGGUGUUAUUGAGAGAGACUAUAGGCUUUGACUCGUUGAUAUCGAUUUUGAAGCUUCGAGGAACAACAUACAGCUUUACUCAACAAAAGACAAUUAAUCUACUAAGCGUCUUGGAAACAAUUCGUUUGCUUCUGAAUGGAGAUAGCAACACUAAUAUAUUGACAAACAAAACAAUUCUUGUUCAGAGAAAAGUUUUGGACUAUCUACUAAUGCUAGGAGUUGAAAGUCAAUGGGCCCCUGUUUCCGUACGUUGUUUGGUCUUUCAUUGCAUAGGUGAUUUGAUUUCUGGGCAUCGUCAAAGUCUUGACGCACUUGCGAGUAAAUCUCUCGGUGACGGGUCAGAGGUUGAGCCUGCGCUUAAUUCAAUAUUAAGAAUUAUUCUAAGGACUUCAAGCAUGCAAGAGUUUAUUGCAGCUGACUAUGUUUUUAAAAGCUUUUGUGAGCAUAAUAGUGACGGUCAAAAGAUGUUAGCGUCUACUUUAAUCCCUCAUCCUAUGUCAAUUACCAAUGCUCGUUUCGAGGAAGACGUGAACAUGUCGUUUGGAAGCAUGCUAUUGCAUGGGCUUGCCAUGAGCGAACAUGACGGCGACCUUGAGAUUAGUAGCAGGGCUGCUAGUAUUCUUUCUCAUGUAAUGAAGGAUAAUAUUCAGUGCAAAGAAAAGGUUUUACAAAUCAAACUUGAGUCAUCAAUGCCAUCAUUAGAAUCCGCAGAACCGUUAUUACACCGUAUGGUAAAAUACUUGGCUCUUGCGUCUUCCAGAAAAGGUAAAGAAGAAAAAUCAACUACUCCAAGAAGCUCGUAUUUUCAACCGAUAAUCUUGAAACUGCUCGUCACAUGGCUCUAUGAUUGCCCAAAAGCAGUACAAUCUUUCCUCGAUUCACGCCCUCAUUUAACCUAUUUAAUUGAGUUGGUAUCAGACAAUGAGUCAACCGUGUGUGCAAGGGGUUUAGCAGCGGUUGUGUUAGGGGAAUGCGUUAUUUAUAAUAAAAUCGUUGAGUCGGGAAAAGAUGCUUUUGCAAUAGUCGAUACCAUAAGUCAAAAAGUCGGGCUUACGUCUUAUUUUUUGAGGCUUGAUGAGAUGCAAAAAAGCUUUUUGUUUUCAUCUGAAAAGUCAACGCAGCCUCAACCACGUAAACCGUUGACCAGAUCAAAUGCUAAUAGUAUGGCGGAGAUGGAAGAUAUUGAUGAUAAUGAAUUAACUGAUAAUCGUAACGAUGACCAUCCAAUGCUUGCUUCGAUGUUUGACUCCCAAUUUGUCAACUUUAUAAAGAGUCUGGAAGGUGGUAUUAGAGAUAGUAUUGUGCAAAUAUAUAGUCAUCCGAAGAGCAAUGUCUCGGUUGUGCCUGCAGAAUUGGAACAGAAAAAAGAUGAAAAUGAUCGCGAUUAUAUUAAGCGACUCAAAUUAUUUGUUGAGAAGCAGUGCUCUGAGAUACAGGACCUUCUUAAUAGAAACGCAACAUUAGCCGAGGACCUAGCGAAUACAGGUGGGGGUGGUUCAGCCGAAACUAAACCUAGAUCGAACAAUGGGUCAGAGAGGGUGCAAAUAGAGACACUAAGAAGAGAUCUUCAAGAAGUCUCUCAACGGUUAGAAAUGUUUAAAACCGAGAAUUCAAAUAUUCAAAACGAGGCGUUAUCUUACAAAAACUUGGCUGAAAAAAUGGAAACGGAUCUGAAAAGUCUCUCGGAUGCGUACAAUAGCCUAGAACAAGCGAAUUAUAGUUUAGAAAUGGAAGUAAGAGCGUUGAAGAGUGGUGGGGCCACCUUGGGUCCGGAUAUUGAGAAAAUAAAAGCGGAAGCAAGAGAGGAAGCACAGAAAGAGAGUGAAGGAGAGCUCGGUGAUUUGCUUGUUUGUCUUGGUCAAGAACAGAGUAAAGUAGAGAAGCUGAGUGCACGAUUAGUGGAGUUGGGUGAAGAUGUUGAUGUUUUGCUUGAAGGUAUCGGAGAAGAUGAAACGGGAUUACUGGAUGACGACGAUGAUGAAGACUGAUUGUUUCGUUAUUUUAAUUGAAUUGUCAUUUUUUUGUAACUUUGAAUAUACAGCGUUCGGAUUACUUUUUGUACAUUCUUUUAUGUGAACGUGUAUAGAUUGUCGUUAUGUAGACGCUUGAAAGAUUUUGCCAUCUUGUUUUACUGAAAAAACUGGGCUGAACUUUGCAAACGA